AUGGCCUUUUUUACAGACAAAGCACGCGAAGCCUCCGCUUCAAUCCUCACCGAACCAUGUGAAUUGCCUGAAGUGAUCGUACGGGAUUCCAUCGUUUCCCCCGAUUUAGGCACAGAGGCCAAUCCCAUAGUGAUUGAAGAUGAUCUUGCUCCAUUGGGCUCGGCAUCCAAUCCCUUCGUGAUCCAUGUUGGCGAAGAUUUUUGCCCUGAGGGCUUAGAUCAAUUUAGUUCUGAUGCCGAUACCGAGAUCAUGGCUACACCGGAGUUCUGGGAGAAUUUGAUCGACGAAGGCUUUCCUGCCCCAGCAAAUGAGGGUACGGAUGUUGGUCCGACCUCUCUCCUUGCGCCAAUUGGGCCGCCAGCCUGUAAGGAUACAAAAAAGCUUCAAAGCAUCGAUCAAUUAUCUGUGAACCAUGUUCAAUUGGGCGACAAAUCACUGGAAAUGACCGAGAAAUCUUUCAGCAUGUCGAAGGAUUGCUCUGGUCAUGAGGCCGCAAGGUGUAUGGAGGCUGCAAAUUGGCAAGCUGAAAGUGAACAAAGCUUAGAGCAAUACAUUUCGAAAACAGACGACCACAAGAUGUUUCACAGCGCUCUUGGAACUUCUUUGACUAGCAGCGACGCUAUUUCGCAGGAACCAAUAUAUAAUCAACGAAACGCAAAUUCUCGCAUGCUGAAGGAAGCAUGUCUACUGAGCUCAGACGAUCAGAACGUUUGGUGA